AUGGUUAUUAACUCGUGGAUUAUAAUGAAUUCUCGUCUUAGUGGUGAUAAUAGUUACAAUUCAACAAGUCAUGGAUCAUUUAGACUAUUUCAUUUCAAAUCUGAAAUAGUAAAAUUUCUAUUAAGAAAACCAAAGAUCCAAUUAUUACCAACAGCUACUGUUAAUUCAGCACUAGAUGUUCAUCAAAAUGAUGACGCAAAUGAACCGUAA